AUGGUAGUCUUCUCCCUCACCAUUGUACGGCUCAACUACACGGAUCGCAGGCGUGAUCCUCUUAUUGACCCUUUGAGGGGUGGACAAGCAUUCUACGACCCACCGAUCCCAGAGCUCCUGGUUGCUUCAUUCCUCACUAUGUGCUUUGCACCCUGGAUGAUGUUUGUCAUCUACCGCCGAUAUGGCCACCGUAUCCUAACCAAAACCUGGUUCGAACUACUUUGGCUCUUUAUCCUCUGGGGUUUGUGGUUGGGUGGUGCCGCCUCUACAACUGCAUUGUGGCCUAAUCUUAAUUGGUGCCAGAUCUACAAACCCUGCCGCAUCCUCGUUGCUCUUAUGGCGUUUGCUUGGAUGGGCUUCAUCAUCCUCACGUUCCUCAUGGUUGGCACCCUCUUCGUCGCGUCUACACGCGGGGGAUGGUAUGACCACACUCACUCCGAGUGGUCCUUCGAUACCCGUGGAGACGGUCUUCAGAACGGUCAAGGAACCAAGCAUCGUACCUAUCCUCGCUACUAA